AUGGCUCCCCGACGAACGGCAUCUUCUGUCCCUGAGGGAUACAAGGAGGACCUCUCCAAGGGCAAGAUGCUUCGAUUCGAAGACUCUCUUCCCAGACUCCCCGUUCCCUCCCUAGAAGAGACUAGCCGUCGGUACCUCAAGUCCGUCCACGCUGUUGUCUCCGAGUCCGAGUAUGAGCGCACCAAGAAGGCUGUGGAGGAGUUCGUCCGCCCUGGUGGUCAGGGUGAGUCUCUGCAGAAGCGUCUCUUGGCUCGCGCCGCCGACCCUAAGAUCAAAAACUGGCUCGCCGAGUGGUGGAACCAGGCCGCCUACCUCGCUUACCGCGACCCCGUCAUCCCUUACGUCUCCUACUUCUACUCCUACCGGGACGACCGCGAGCGUCGCAACCCAGCCAAGCGCGCCGCUGCCAUUACCACUGCUGCGCUCGACUUCAAGGCGAAGGUCGAUGAUGGCUCUUUGGAGCCCGAGUACCUCCGCAAGGAGCCUCAGGCCAUGAGCUCGUACCAGUACAUGUUCAACUGCUGCCGUAUCCCCGCCGAUGGUGCGGAUUUCCCCUCGCAAUUCUUCAAGGUCCCGCUCGUCAUAGACGGUCAGCAACUCAAUGUCUCUGAGUUGGAGAAGCAGUUCGAGCGCAUCUACGAGAUCGCACAGCCUGCGCCUCCCGUUGGUGUGCUGACUGUUGCCGACCGUGAUCACUGGACUGCUGCUCGCAAGACCCUCGUUUCUCUUGACCCUGCCAAUGAGCUGGCCUUGCAGGAGAUUGAGUCUGCUGGCUUUGUGGUCUGCUUGGACGACGCUCGCCCCAUCACUCUGGCUGAGCGCUGCUCGCAGUACUGGCACGGUGAUGGCUCCAACCGCUGGUUCGAUAAGCCUCUGCAGUUCAUUGUCAACGACAAUGGCACCGCUGGUUUCAUGGGUGAGCACAGCAUGAUGGACGGCACUCCCACCCACCGCCUGAACGAUUAUGUCAACAACGUCAUCUUCAACAAGAAAAUCGAUCUCUCCGCCCAGUCCGUGCGCUCCCAGCUCGCCGACCCCAAGCCCAUCAACUUCAAGCUGAACGACGCCGCCAAUGAGGCCAUCGACUUCGCAACACAGUACCACCGCAAGCAGAUCGGCUCUCACGAGCUGGUUGUCCAGGCCUACCAGGGCUACGGCAAGGGUCUCAUCAAGAAGUUCAAGUGCAGCCCCGAUGCCUUCGUCCAGAUGAUCAUCCAGCUGGCCUACUUCAAGAUGUACGGCAAGAACCGUCCGACCUACGAGUCCGCCUCCACCCGCAAGUUCGCCGAAGGCCGCACAGAGACAACCCGCACCGUCUCCGACGAGAGUGUCGCCUUCUGCAAGGCUCAUGAGGACCACACCACCCCCCGCGAGGAGACCGUCAAGCUCUUCCGCGCUGCCCUCGCCCAGCACACCAAGUACACCCAGGAGGCUAGCGCCGGCCACGGUGUCGACCGUCACCUGUUCGGUCUGAAGAAGCUUCUUCAGCCCGGCGAGAAGCUGCCCGAGAUCUACCAGGAUCCCGCGUACGCCUACUCUUCCUCUUGGUACCUCUCCACCUCCCAGCUGAGCUCCGAGUUCUUCAACGGAUACGGAUGGAGCCAGGUUAUUGACGAUGGUUUCGGAAUUGCCUACAUGAUCAACGAGAACAGCCUCAACUUCAACAUCGUCUGCAAGCGUAUCGGCGCUGAGCGUAUGAGCCAUUUCCUCAAUGAGGCUGCCACUGAGCUUCGGGAUCUCCUCAUGCCCGACCUGGUUGCCCAGGCUGAGAAGCCGAAGCUGUAG